GGCGCCCCGAACCCCUCGGCGGCGGCGGCCGGGGCGAGCGGCGCCCACGAGGCCCGCCGGGCCGGGGAGAACGUGCCCUGUGAGCCCUGGGUCCGAGAGAAAGUGCUCUUUCUCCUGCACCCGGAGAGGUGUCUAGGGACCCAGGGGGACCCCGCCCGGGAAGAGGUGGCCGCUGAGGAGGACCUUUUCGAAGCGGGAGGACAAGACCGGGAACCCGCCUGCCCGUCCCCUCUCUUUCCACGGGAAAAGCGAGUUUCUGGCAGCCGAGUAGACGCUCCCUCCGGGGCUCCGCUGGGGGACCCACCCAAACCCCUGCUCGUGCGGGUCGUGGAUUAUGAGGUGACACAAGAAGUCCUGCAGAUCGCGUGGACGAAGGGCUGCAUGACCACACUGACCGAGGAGCGCUCCGUGACCGCGGUCACUUUUCGCGCCAACAGGGAGUGAGGCGGGGCCGCGGGGACCCCUGGAGAACGGCGCGCUCUUACCCCAGAGACAAACAUCCCGUGUCCAGGCCGUGGGGAGGGGGUCGUUGCGCGGCCCCCCAGCACCCGCUUCCCGGAGGAGAGUCAGCGGGGGAGAGGAGCCCGAGGAACGUGCGGGGCUGGCGAAGGAGCGCCAGUCCUUAAGGAAAGAAAAAAAAGCUCUUCCGGAAACUCCCAACUUGUAAUUUAAUCAACCGCAAGAACCUUUUAAGAGGCUGGCAUCCACCUCCAGGGAAGCAAAUGGCACCCAAUACACAUUGAAAAACUGUAAGCAACUUACUACCUCCUUAAAUCCUGUGGCUUAAAUACUGUGACGGUCUGGGGACCUUAGAAGAGAGGAAGAAAGGUAUUUUCCAAGUGGCAGAACGUGGGAAUUUUGCACUAAGAAAAUCUGUUGUUGAUUUUUGCUUUGCAGAACCUCUCAACUGUUCACUUUUCUACCUCCCCCCUUUCUCUUUAAAGCCUGAAAGCAGAAGUGAAGUUUUGAGACCUGCUCUCUGCAAAGGGGAGGUGGGAGUAUAUGGGGCAAGAGGCUUAAGACUGAAAAAAGAAAGUAAAGAGAAAGUAAAUAAAAUGUAAAACAAAGUGGCAAGUAAACAAAAUCUUUUUUUGGUCACUCUCCUGAUGUGUACGUUUUUCUUUUCUUUUUUUCCCUUCACAUCUAACAGUGUUAGGAAGAAAAGAGGAGUCAGGGAUGGACACAAGGAGGGAAACAGGAGACUGAGCUCGGCAGGUGAAACUCCAUUUAAAAGGGCUUUACCCCAAAGUAUCUAAUUUAGUUCAGUAAAAAUGCUGUUGGUUUUUAGUUACUUUUUUAAAAUGGAGGUACUGGGGAUUGAACCCAGGAUCUCCUGCAUGCUAAGCAUGUGCUCUACCACUGA